AUGGCCGGCACAGACGUGGAAAAGCAGCCACUCUUAGCCUCUCAGGAAGAGACCCAGCCAUCACUCUCAGACCUACAACAGCGUGUCUUCGCCGCUCAACGCGAAUACAUGAAGGCAUGGUCGAAAUCCACCUCGGGAAAAUUCCACAGAUGGAUCAUGUUCAUCACAACAGCGAUCUUAGUCAUGUUCAUGACAUUCUGCUUGACUGUGAUUGCUUCAGAUUCAAUGGAUGAUGAUGGCGGCUGGAUGCUCGACAGUAAAGUUCCGUUGGAGGCGCACAUUAUGAGCAAGUGUCCAGAUGCUAAAGAAUGCCUGCAUGAUUUGAUUCUUCCGGCGAUGCAGCAGGUCUCAUCAAAGGUGGAUUUCAAGCUGUCUUACAUCGGGAAUAGGGAGACGAACCACGAUGACGGAGUCGCUUGUAUGCAUGGACAGGAGGAGUGUCUCGGAAACUUGAUUGAGCUCUGCGCCGCCAAACUGUAUCCCGACCCGAAGAUCUAUCUUGGAUUUACAAUGUGCCUGUCCAGAGACUACCCCGAUAUUCCGGAGAGGACGCUCGUUGAGGACUGUGCUUUGGAGCACGGGAUCGACAUGUCCAAGGUUAAUGGUUGUACGGCGGAUGAUGACGGCUCGAUUGCGUUUGACCUGCUCAAGGACAGCUUCAAGCGAAGCCAAGAAGCAAACGUCACUACCAGCUGUACAAUCAGACUCAWCGAUGAGGUACGCUGUAUCCGUGAUGGCGGAAAGUGGAAGAACUGCGAGGGAGGAAGCAGCGUGCAGGAUUUGGUGAGAGACAUCAGGGAUCUUUACAAUGCCUAUUGA